GCUGGGGCCGAGACGGCUUUGUGCACGGGUUUCGCACAGCAAAAACGCCAAAAAACAGGCGUUGCGGGCGGUCCCAACGCGUCGCAGCGCUGCUUCAGUAUCUCUUAGACUUGCGGCCGUUCGACUGCUGUGAGAAUCAGACGACGCCCGAGCAGCGUGGCCGCGUAUAGAGGCACAGCUUUCGUGCUGCUGUGCAGCCGCCGCGCGCCGCAGCCGUAAACGAUGGCCGACGCGCCGCCACCCAACGAAUCGUCGGAGGACUACGCCGCCGCGCAUGCUCUAGAAUAUAAGAACCGCGGCAACGCGAAAUUCAAGGAGCGGGACUACGAGGGCGCCGUGCAAGCCUUUUCUGAGGCGAUAGCGCUGGACCCGUCGAAUGCCGUCCUCUACUCGAACCGCUCGGGCGCGUACCUCGCGAUGAGCCACGUCUCCAAGGCCUUCAAGGACGCCGAAGAGGCCGUACGGUUGGACCCGCAGUGGCCCAAGGCUUUAGCAAGACGCGCGACGGCCGAGCACGCCCUGACGCGGUACAUCACCGCCCAAGCGACCUGGCGGAAGGCGCUGCAGCUGGACCCCGGCAACGAGGCCUACGAAAAAGCCCUGCAGGCGGCGAAGGACGGCGAAGCGCAACAAACGAAGGAGCGAAUUGAAGAUGAAAAACGCAAGGAAAGGGAAGCCGAGGAGAAACGUCGAAGGGACGCCGCCGACGAAGCGAAAAGGCGGGAAGACGCGCGGAACGAGGAGCAAUUGAAGGACUUCUUCGGGGUGCUCGAGGACGACAAAGUCCAGAGAGCUCGGAAGAAAAAGCUCGAGACGAAUCCCAUCACGGAAAAAUAUCAAAAACAGAAAUUAGGGAAAGGUGCGGACCACGUCGCGCGCCUCACGGACAAGCACGCGCAGUUCAAGAACCUAGAUCCGUUCCGAGUCCUCGUGUUAGAUACCGAUGCCACACCAGAUGAUAUAAAGAACAGAUACAAGAAGAUGAGUGUCUUAUGUCAUCCUGAUAAAAAUGGCGGUUCCGAGCAAGCCAAGCAAGCGUUCGAGGCCGUGAAAGAUGCGUAUGCCAAGUUAUCUGAUGAAAAGAAGCGCGACCGGACGAUCCUCGUGAUCGAGGGCGCCCGAGAAAGGUGUCGGCAAGAAAGGGCUUUUAAGCUGUCGAAGGGCGUGGACCCUGCCACGUUGCCACCGGAGGAGGAAGCCCUGCAGAAGGAGGUGGCCAAGACUUUUGCGCAAAAUGAAAUGAAGCGGAGGGAUGUGGAGGAACAUAACCGGGUCCAGCAGCAGCGCGAGCGGGACCAGGCCGCGGAAGCGGAAAAAAAGGAGGCCGACGAGAAAUUGUUCGAGAAGCAGUGGAACACGGACGACCGGCGCGGCGCGCGCGUGGGGAUGUGGCAGGACUUCCAGGACGACAAAAAACGUUCCGCGAACGUCAAACGGCAGCGGACGGCCGUCAACUUUAAACGGGAGGAAAAACAGGAGACGAAGAAGAAGUACGGCGAGUGGGACCGGGAGAGCUGGCGGCGGGACUGGAAGUAAUGAUAUUUGUGUUAUAAA